CAUGGCUGCGCUUAUUUGCUGUGAGAAUAAAGCAUUGCGACAGGAACACGAAAGUGACAACAGCGUCGGUUUCAGCGGAGGCUGGCUUGCUGCAAAAUGACCGGCCACUCAGCAAGGUUUCGGGUCUGGAAGUUUGCGAAAGUGGCGUGUCUGGGUUUGACAUUGGUCCUGCUCGUCGUGCUGCUGGUGGCCACGGUCAGGACUCUGUCAUUAGACGUGAACGUGGGGCUGCAGCUAGCGCGGUGGGAGAAGACCGAUAACAUCCCCGCCAACAUCAGCCAGCAACAGAGACAGCAGCUACUGGCAAACUUCAGAGAGGCGAUCCGGAUUCCCACCGUGUCCUUUUCGGAAACGGAGCAGAAUACCACCGCGCUUGCUGAGUUUAGCAGUUUGCUCAGACGAGUAUUUCCUGGAGUAUUUGCCUCGAGUCUGGUGAAGCAUGAGGUGGUUGGCGAGUACAGCCACCUGUUUUGGGUGCCCGGCUCGGACCCUUCCCUCACUCCCUACAUGCUCCUGGCGCACAUCGAUGUGGUGCCCGCCCUGGAGAGCGACGGCUGGGAGGCCCCGCCCUUCUCUGCCGACGAGAUCGACGGAUUCAUCUACGGUCGGGGGACCAUCGAUGACAAGCAGUCCGUCAUGGGAAUCCUGCAGGCUAUGGAGUACCUGUUAGAACGUGGCUACAAACCCAGACGGGGGUUCUACAUCGGCCUGGGUCAUGACGAAGAGGUGAGCGGCCUCAAAGGGGCGGUGAACAUCGCGAGGCUGCUGAGGUCGCGCGGCGUGGAGCUGGCGUUUGUUCUGGACGAGGGGCUGGCCGUGCUGGACGGGAUCAUCAGUGGUCUGGACGGGCCCGCCGCUCUGAUUGGGAUCAGUGAAAAGGGCUCGGCGAACGUGAAGCUGAGUGUCACCACUGCCCCUGGCCACUCCUCCAUGCCCCCAAGGGAGACCAGCAUCGGCAUCCUGACUGCCGCAGUAACCAGACUGGAGGAGAAUCCCAUGCCCAGGUUGUUUGGCCAUGGCCCAGAGCGGGGCACCUUUGAACACCUGGCCCACAAGUUUGGACUCCCCCUCAGGUUUGUCAUGUCCAACAUGUGGCUGUUUUCCCCUUUACUUGGCAGGGUAAUGGAAAGAAGGCCUGACACAAACGCGUUUGUCCGUACAACAACCGCCAUCACUAUGUUCAACGCUGGGGUGAAGAUUAAUGUCAUCGCUCCAUACGCUGAGGCCUUUGUCAAUCUGCGCAUUCAUUCGGCACAGACCCUGCAGGAGGUUCUGGAGCUGGUCCGGUCCACGGUGGCGGACACGCGGGUGAAGGUGGAGCUGGUGAACGGGUUCGACCCUCUGCCCGUCAGCUCAUACGACGAGUCGGCCUUUGGGUUCCAGAUCAUUAAGAAAACGGUGCUGGACAUGUUCCCCCAGCUCGCUGUGGCUCCAGGUUUGUGCGUUGGAAACACGGACAGCCGGCACUACACCGACCUGACCAAGAAUAUAUACCGAUUCGCUCCCACCUGGUUUAAACCAGGGGACCCUCAGAGGUUUCAUGGCGUGAACGAGAGGAUCUCCGUGAAGAACUAUGAAGAGCUGGUAAAGUUCUAUUUCCUGCUGAUCCAGAACUGUGACAUCACGAAGCUGCCGGAGCCGCAUGGGAGCGGGCAUGAGUUGUGAGCAGGCAGGCCAGGCCUGGCGCUGCCAGAGGGCACGCAGCAGGCAAUGGAGGGCACACAGCCUGCGCCUCUCUCCGCUGCGCGUCCUGAACAACCCGGGUUAGACAGAACAGUCUGUUCUCAGGGUGGGGGACCUUGUCAAAAUCCCAAAAUGCAGAGACUUCCUAUCGUGAAAUGGCUGUUGUGGUACGAGAUUCUGAGUGCUAAUACUGAAUUAGCUGCAUAUUAUGCAGUGCUUUCAACUACUUACAGAUAUGCCUGUGACUUUUCAACAAAGUCAGGAUUCUGUGAUUAUUUCAGAUUAAGUGGUAAUGAUUGCUGCUAUGCGCAUAUCUUAAUGUGUUUUAUUAAGGUGUAUUUUUCUUCAUGGCUUGUGAACUAGCAUAAAUUUACCAGUCAAUUCUGCAAAGAUAAUAGUAUUAAUAAUAAUAAUACAUGAUAAGAUGAUGAAGAAGAAGCUUUCCUUUCAUAACUUAAUUUUAAAUCUGAGUUAAUUAUUCCUGGGUCUGCAGUGACUUCAAAACAGAUUUUUUCCAGUUCCAGACAAACCUACCCUUCAAUAAGUCUUCACAUCCAGUAGUCUAGCCUGGUUUGUACUCUGAAGUUGACAGUUGUCAUAUGGCUGGGCCUACAAAAAAGCACAAGAAUUUUUUGUAAAUAUCAUGGACAAUUAAGUAUCCGUUAUCAGUAAAUCACAGAAAUAUGUUCACUAAACACUGGAGUCAUAAAAGGACAUGCCCAUACUUGCACCAGCUGUUGUUCUUCCCCACAAGACACAAGGUACCAUUUGCUGGAGAUGAGUGUGAAUGCAGUACUAAAGUUCGAUGUGGCAGAAUGUGGCAGUUCUGACGUGGCCCCUGAACGAAAAGCCAACAUUUGCAUAUGGUACAUCUGUUAACCUGCAAGACUGAGCCAGUAUUUUCAGUUUUAUUUUUCAGCAAGUUCAGUUUUAUUUUCUCUUGAUAUUCAAAACUUCAGACCCUUGUUUUGUCUCCAGCCACCAGAUUGGAUGAAUGUUUGCUGACUCCUAAAUGAACUGAAAGAGGCUCACCCUAAUGGACACGCUCACAUGAGUUUUUGAUUAUGCAUUUCAAUUUUUUUGAUGUACAGAUUUUAAACCUGCUCUGAUAUAUGGAAGACAACAUUGGAAUAUUGUUCUGAACAUGUGAAAGUGGGAUUUGUGUAUGUAUGAUUGAACUGAAUGUUCAAACAACUGCUGCUUUGUCACAGGACACUUACACUGUAAAUGGAUCUGAUUUACUUGAAGUUUUACAAUAAUAUCAGAGACCACUAAAAAUAGUCAGGGAUGGGAUCUGUAAAUGUUUCUGAGGUUUAUUUUAGGCCAGUGUGCCAGCUGUGAGAUUGUUGAUUGAUGUGGUGUGGGGGAAAAAUGAAAGUAGGAUUAUGUGCAUGUAUAUGUUAAGCAUAUACAUAUUGAUAAUAAACAAUGGUGCACUGAAUUCUUGUGGCCUCCUCUUCAAGCACUGAAGUGAUUUGUUUUUGAAAGUGGGGAUAAUUGCCUCUUGAAAGCGGUGUGUAACUGCCACUCUUGUGCAGACUGAGACCACUGAUUGCCAGAGGCAGCUAAAAAUGGCCUGGCUCGAGCAGCAACUUGAAUUCUAUAUACACAUUUUUCAAAAUGAAGGGGUGGACAAAAAAUAAUCAUAUUUUUUUUUCUUCUGUGCAGUAAAACAUUCAGGUUUGUAAUG